CUUGCUGUUAGAACAUAUUUGAAAAUACUCUGCCACGGCAUACCUAGUUCAUUUAUUACUCCUAGCAAUGUGUGUGUUCUAGUCGGUUUCCUUGUAUAGAGUGGACUAAAAUAUAGACAGGAUGGAAAUUAGAUAUAGUUCAUUAAAAGUUUUUGCGCUAUUACAAACUUUUCUGGUUCAACUUAUAGCGGCACAAAACGCAACAACGACGACGAAUAACUACACAACUUCUAAUAAUCCUACCGGAACAUGCUUCACCGAGGCUUGCAUUCAGGCAUCGCAGGAUGUACAAAGAUAUAUUGAUCCCGAAGUAAAUCCCUGUAAAGAUUUUUACCAGUUUAGUUGUGGUAACUUCAUUAAGGGCACGCGCUUAAUUCGGGAACCAAUAGUCACAAUUGAGACACUCAUACGGGAUGAUUUCGACAGUCACAUUCAGGAUAUCGUUCAAGCACCUCGAAGUUGGAACGAUUCAAAAACCAUAAAAAUGGCAAAGUCUCUUUUUAGCACUUGCAUGAAUCCGAGUGCCGUUGAAAAUGGUGUCGAUUUUUUAAAGAACUCUCUAAAUGAAAUUGGAGGAUGGGCAGUUCUUGAUGGUGAAUUGUGGCGAAAGGAGUUUUUUAAUUGGAAGCGGGCAGAGUACAACUUGAGGAGGUUGGGUUUCAAGUUCGAACAUCUAAUUAAACUACGAAUUAUACCCGACGAAAGGAGACCGAGUAAACGAAUAAUCCAGUAUGCAAGUCCCGUGAACCCUUUAAUUGGUUUGGAUCAAGAGGAAGAACAUCAAUUGUACGAAGAUAUGGUGAAGGUUGCUGUCACUUUCGGUGCAAAAGAAGGGGUGGCGAGAACCGAUUAUAAAAGUGUCAUUAACUUUUUACAUAGUCUUCUACCGGAAGAGUCUCAUGGUAAAGAUUACUUGAAUAGGUUCGACGAUCUCACCAUUUCGGAGCUUCAUCACAAAUUUCGAGACAUUCCCUGGCUCGAAUACACUCAGUACGUAUUUUUACCAGUUCAAAGCAUCAAGUUGGACCAAAUAGUUUCUCUAACUGACACACCGUACUUCCUACGACUACAAAAGGUCUUAAGCAAGGUCCCUAAGCGGGUGUUAAAUAACUAUCUCGCGUGGAGAAUUAUAAUGGAAUCCAGCAACAUUCUCACUCAGGAUAUCACAGACUUGGGGCAGAAUUUUUAUAGGGCUACUCAUAAAGAUAGUCGCCUAACUCGUACAGUGCCGCGCCCCACUUUCUGUUCCGCGCUCGUGGAAACAAUUUUUUCUUUGCCGAUUCAUGCGAGUUACAUCAGUAGACACGUAACCCAAGCUAUUAAGGAUGACGUAACGUCAAUACUGAAAAGUAUCAUUGAACAGUUUAAAAGUGAAAUUAUAGAACUGAAAUGGAUGGAUGAUGAGACCAGAUCUCUAGCGUUAGAACGGCUGUCAACCAUGAAAACUUAUGUGGUUUUUCCGGGGAAAUUAUCGAACUCGAAAAGCGUUGAUAACACAUACUUUGAGUACGAUUUACCCGAAGACAAUUUGUUAGACGCAGUACUAACUGCAAGUUUUCACGCAACUAACGCUCGAUUUAAGGAUUUGCACGAGCCGAUUGACAAGGAAGUUAAACAUGAGCAUGGGAAGAAAUUUAGCCGAUACGCGUAUAUCUACUACGAGCCCAGUGAUAAUUCAAUAACAAUCCCAGCUCGGAUACUUCAAAGCGUUCUUUACGACAUAGACCGACCACGCUAUUACAACUAUGGUAAUUUAGGGGCUAUGAUCGGCCACCAACUUUACCACGCCAUCUUUGAAAGAACACCAAGCCGUUACGAGUCGAGAUAUUACCACUGGAUGUCCGCCAAGACGCAGUCCGGUUUCCAAAAAAGGCUAGCUUGCGUAGAACGCGAUUACGCACAAUAUCUCGUUCCCGAGACCCAGAAAUACUUAAACUCAUCUAACAGCAUGUACGAAGAUAUCGCCGAUUUGGCGGGUGUUAAGCUGGCAUACGACGCUUACAGUAAAUGGUUGGAACAGAAUGAUGUCGAAUUAAAAUUGCCAAAGCUUAAUUACACAAACAAACAAUUAUUUUGGAUGGCGUCUGCGAUGAGAUUUUGCUUAAAAGCAACGCCGGAUGCAAUUGAAAAUUUAAUUGAGUAUAAAUGCGAAUCGCUUAUCCGAUAUAAAGUGUUAGGUGCACCUAGAAACAUCGGGAAUUUUUUCAAAGAUUUUAAUUGCCCUUGGUAUUUGUUUAUUGAGCACAGCAAGUGCAACGUUUUUUAAUAACUAACUAUAUGAAUAUUUUUUACUCUAGAAUAAAUGAAAUAGUAUUAUGUG